AUGGAGCGCAGCGCGCAGACCCCUAGAAUUGCUGUCGUCGAACCAGCGCGAACCCGUCAUGCUCAAAUGACAAUGUGUGCCUCGUUUGUGGCCUCUGCCAUCGCCUUUCGCAUCGCCGGCGCCUCUACAGAAAUCACCGUCGCCGACCUCGUCUGCUUUCCCCUUGCCUUUGUGACGAUCAUCCACCACCUCGUCGUCCUCAUCAUGGCAUUCCGACAACGAAGAGCCAAGUACCGCCCAAGAGAGAUCCCGCAUUUGGUGCCAACGACGGCUAGAGCAGGCGUUGUGGUGUCGUUUUGGCUCGUGGCCAGCCUGUGGGUAGUGGUUUCUAUGUUUUAUCUGAUGGAGCUCAGGUGGAGGCCGCAAAAGACGUUUAUCAUCACGUCUAUCGAGGCUGCUCUUGCGUUCGGGAUUGCGGUCAUGUGUAGUCGGGAGAGGUUGGAGACACUCGAGCGGUUAGAAGAGGAGGGGACACAGAGUAUCGUCUUUAUGGUUGGCGAAGACGGGGAAUACAUGGUUGCUCAGGGUCCUUGA